UGAUUCCAAGCGGAAGAGGCGUUCCAUGGGCGGUGCCAAGGGCUAAGUAAGAGAAGAGCCGCGGCCUUUGGACUCUGAGAAGCCGGGCCUGUUCUGCUUUCCGACAUGGCGGCCCCCGGCCUCCUCCGCGCCGCGGCUUCCUCCUGCCGCCGGAUCCUCCUCGCAGCGCCAGCCGGGGCGGGAAGGCCCAACGCAGGCCCCCGCCGCCUCCUCCACGUCUCGCCGCGGCCCAGCUCAGAAGAUAAAGUUACAGUGCACUUUGUAAAUCGUGAUGGUGACAAGCUAACAGCCCAGGGGAAAGUUGGGGACUCACUUCUAGAUGUUGUGGUUGACAACAAUCUAGACAUAGAUGGAUUUGGUGCAUGCGAGGGAACGCUUGCCUGUUCCACUUGUCAUUUGAUCUUUGAAGACCAGAUGUAUGAAAAACUGGAUGCAAUCACCGAUGAGGAAAUGGAUAUGCUGGACCUUGCUUAUGGGUUGACUGACAGAUCUCGAUUGGGUUGUCAAAUCUUCUUGAAGAAAAAUAUGAACCAGAUGACAGUCCGAGUGCCUGAAGCUGUUGCUGAUGCCCGACAAUCCCUAGAUAUGAGCAAGAACCCUUAAAAUAAAGCUUUGGCGGGUAUUCUGUGAUAUUAGAAAGUAUUUUUAUAACUUAUUUUUAAAUGUUUAAUUAUAUAAAGAAAUUCAUAUAUGCAUUUAUAAUUCUCAAUAUUAGUUUAUCAGGGUCUCUUCUGUCAAAAUCAACCUUAUGUUUUGAUUCUAAGAAUGAGAAUCGAAAGGACCUGUAAAAUGAUAGACAUGCAGUGCAAUAUGAGUGUCUUUUCUCUUAAAGAAAUACCUUUAUUUGCAUUUAAUAACAAACAUUUUCCACCUGCUGAAGUAGUGAGUUUUAUAAUAAUAGUUUGGAAAUUCCCAAGUAUUCAGGAUUUCAUUUUAGCCCACUGGAUUCAGGGUAAAAGUAGAAGUCUCUUUCUUAAAUACAGUUUUAUUUCCUGAAACACUUAAAGGAUGUGCUACUAAAAAGCAAAACUCAUCUCAGAUGUUACACAGCUGUUGUGUGGAAUAUUAGAUGUAUUGCAUGCAAUAUCUGUUAAUCUCAUAAGAUUUGAGGGUCAGAAGUCAUUUCUGUAUUGAUAUAGUAAGGCUUCAUUAUACAAUUACUGUUUUGAGAAAGUGGUUUUGCUUCAGCUUUUAUUGUUCCUGCAAAGACGUAUAUAAUAUGAAGCCUUUUGCUUCCCAAAGUUUCCACAGAGGGAUUUUUUUGGGGUGGGGGUGGGGGGUGGGGUUGACAUCAGCUAAUGAGAAGUGCAUUGAAAAUGUUCAACUGCCUAUUUGCAUCAAAUCCUCCUAAGGUUAACUGAAUUUCAAUAUGCAUAGCUCUGUCCGGUGACAUGGCCAAAUAUAUUUUUAAAAGCUUCAUAUUUCAAGCUGUCACCAGUAACACUAGAAAGUUAGAGUCAGGAAGCUGUAUAUAUAGAUGUUUGCAUCUAUAAAAUUUCAUUAUAUGCAACAAUUGCCUUAUUCCCAAAACGUCAGUGAGGGUGAGUGCCUGGGGCUUGUAUUGGAUCUUAUAUUUGGUGGCCGUCAUCCAGUAAAUUGUAAGGUGGAUUUAGAAUCUUAUAACGGCUGGAAAUUUACAUUUUACAGUUGUUUGUGACCAAAUUCAAACCCCUUCCAACCCUGCCUUUUUUAGCCUGUCAGCACCAAAAAUCCAAAGAUUUAUGGGGAGCUGCUGGUGUCAUUUCUCUAUGCCCCAAUCUGUAGCACCUUGGAAACCCUUUGUUUUGGGGCACUGCCAAGUUCAAAAUAUUGGGUUGUUUUUUUUGGGGGGGGGGGGGGCAUUGUCAGAUGUGAUUCUGAUGAGGCAACUUUUGCCAUCAUAGCUGCGUCUGAUGAGAUAGAAUCUAGGGCUGUGUCUGGCAUUUGAUACAGUAUCCCUUCAGUCAGUAGGUUAAAACUGGCAGUAAUACAGUUUAACAAACAAAAGCAGCAAAAAGUACAAGUCUUCACUCAGCAGAAAUAACAAAAUAGCUAUCACAUGAACUUCUCUUGGGAGAAAACCCAUAGAUCAAGGGCACCUGCUGAGCAAGUCUGCUUCCCAUUUACCUCGUUUUAAUAGCAAGGUCAGCCAGAGGAAGGCCUUGAAUGAGUAUUCCAAGCCUACAUGCAGCAACUUUACCUUUGGGAACUGUGAUCCAUGCCAUGUAGGAAGCAAUUAUUCUCAUAUUGGGUUGCUGCAAGUUUUCCGGGCUGUAUGGCGUUCGUAUAAAAAAACCCCUCUAGAAUCAGGACCAUAAAGAAUAAAUAAAGAACAACAGUAAAUAAAAAACAACACUCAAAAAGGGGAACUCCAGACAGAAAACAAUCAGAGCCAGCUAACACUUCCCAACAAAGGAUUCCCCCAUACAGGAAGCAGCCAGGCUUUGAAGCUAUAAGGCCAUUCAAUGCUAAUCAAGGCGGCCAGUUGCAACAUUCAUACUUGCCUCAAGCAGGCAAGAGUUCUUUCUCCCACCCUGGGCAUUCCACAGAAAACCCCCACUUGCCUAGUUUCCAACAGACCUUACAUCCUCUGAGAAUGCCUGCCAUAAAUGUGGGCGAAAUGUCAGGAGAUAAUGCUUCUGGAACAUGGCCAUACAGCCUUGAAAACUCACAGCAACCCAGUGAUUCCGGCCAUGAAAGCCUUCGGCAGCACAUUCUCAUAUUGGUUUAGGGCUUUUUGGUUUCUGAUUCAUAAUUCUAAAGUAUGUAGGAUUUUGGGACUUUUGACCUGGGUGGAAUAUUAACUUGGAUUAUGUAGCAUAUUAUAGGAAAGACCUAGUUAAUUCCAAAUAUUUGCUGGAACAUAAAUGAGAGGAAUUAGAAAAUAAAAUAAGUUCAUGAUAAAAAAAUGUAGAUGUUUUCCUCCAUUUCCCAUGAGGACUAAUUUAUCUUGCUUUGCUUCUUCUAUACUUGGGAGACAUCAUAUCUUGUGCACUAAUGGCCCAGAACAAAUAAUACUUCUUUGGUCUUGGUGAAGAAGACAUGUUGAUUUUUCUUACAUCAGUCAAAACAGUUUGCACAGAAAAUUGAAUCACUGUAUGUCUACUGUGAUUUAUAAUGUCAGUUACAGACAGAUGCAGUUGCAAAAUGUCAAACACAUAUAGCUUGAGUUUUUUUAAGGUCAUUUUGUGGUGGUACAUCAAUGCAGACUUGACCUGUGCUUCCUUUGAAAUGUAAAUAUUCCUUGAACAUAGUUACAAGGAUUCAUUUUAAUAUAGCUAGGCAGGAAAAAGUCGGAAUUCCUUUCCAGUCUACUAAUUGUCAUAUAAAGGUUGCUGCUUAAACUGCUCAAACUUCAGAGAUGUAUGUAUUUCUCAAUUGUUUUUUAAAAAUCUGGAAAUAAAUCAUUUUUCUAUUUUU